AUGUUUCUUACAUCGACGAUUUCUACAGUAUAUCUGGUGUAUACUGUGGAUGGUACGAGUACGGUAGUGAGGAUUUUCCUUAAAAUAGAUGCUCGUAAAAGUUUUCCGGGAAUCUUAUUCAGUUUCAGGCUUUUUAAUGAAUACACCUAUUUGGAAAGCGGUAUUGUCAAGCCGAGUGUUGUCCAAAUUCCUGACGAUUUGAGGAUUGUUGCGGCUGCUUCAGGGAACGAUCAUAGUCUCUUCCUAACGGAUAAAGGAGCUGUGUACGCUCUAGGAACUGGAAGCCGAGGUGAACUAGGAAACGGUCUGAUCCCACGAGUCUGUGAACUGACAUGGAUAGAAGCGCUCGAAGGUGUGAAAGUGGUGGAUAUUGUGGCCGCCGGCUGGCACAGCGGUGCACUGACAGGUAGGUUUUCCUAA